AUGCAGCAAUAUUAUGGAGAUGAACAUUAUCAAGUCGCUGAAGUACUUCAUGAUCUUUCUAAUACGCAAAGAGAACUGAACAUGCUCAACGAUGCCUUAGAAAAUGCUAAAAAGUGCAUUAGUAUUUUUCGAAAAACACUUAAAGAAAACAGCUCCGGAGCUGCAACAUCAUUAAAUGGUCUUGGGCAUAUUUAUCUGGCUCUUGGUGAUCCAAUUACAGCUCAAACAAAAUUUGAAGAGGCUCUUGAAGUUUUUGAAAAUUUACAGGAGCAUGGGUUUCAAGGAGUGAGUAUUAGUGAAACACUUGGAAAUAUAGCUGUAGCGUUGAAACAACGUGGAGAAACAGAGAAAGCAAAAGAAUACCUUUAUAAUGCUUUGAACAUGAUUUUGAAGGUGUACUCUGAAACCCAUCCACGUGUAAAAAAAAUGCGCGAAUUGGAAAAAGAACUUGAAAAUACCCAUGAAAAUUCUGAGGAAUCUGAUGAUGAUGAACUUUAG